GGGACCUGCGCUGGCUGCCGCAGCUGUUUCAUGGCGAUCUCUCGGCUUCCAGAUCCUUGGCCGCUGCCGUCAUGGGCGAUUGGUUCGAAAUAGCGUGUAAUGAGAUGCCUGUUGCAAUUAAAUUGAUACUUUGAAAUCUUGUCUGUUCCCCCGCGCCGCCCUUUUGCCCUUGCAUUUCAGAUUGCGCUUCAAGGUGAAAUCGAUGGAUGCCAGUGAAGCCGAUGUCGCCAUUGCUGGCUCACGCACGGGCCCUGGUAAGGCAUCACGGCCUGAUCCUCAGGCGGAGAGAGAAGGAAGUCAAGACAGUCAAGAUUCCAUAACCUCGUCCAAGGUCGCGCACACGUUGACCGCUUGUUGCAGAUGUCGUCAGCGUAAAUCACGAUGCGAUCCAGGUCUUCCUCGCUGCGGUCCUUGCGAGAGGACAGGAGCAUUAUGCGAGUACUACGACACCACCAAAGGCAAGCGGAUCCCACGAACAUAUGUGAUCCAUCUGCAAGACCGAGUACGUGCGCUGGAAAUAGAGCUGGCCAGACUUGAAGAUGAAGAAAAUCAACGCGAGGGCCCCGAUCCAGAAACUUUGGUUCGCGGUGCAGAUGUCCGACUGACGGAGACUGACGAAUCAAGAUUCUUGGGUCCAUCCAGUGGAAUUGCUAUUACCAGGUUUGUCAUGGAAUUAGCAAAACGAAAUACGGAAACCAAGAGCAUUAGAGAAGUUGUGCCGGAUGGGAAGGCCAAGCAGGUUAGAGAACGUUUCGCUGAAGAAGAUCUGCCAACCUCGAAAGCCUAUCCCUUGACCAGCGCUGUUGCUGCUCCUACGCUUCCCAGUAGGGGCUUGACAGAUAGAUUGGUGACCAACUUCAAUUCAACAGCUCAAUACAUCUGGCCAACCCUCCACGAGCCAAGCUUUCGACGGGACGUCCAAGCAGUCUAUGACGACGUGGCAGACGCUUACCAACACUUUGUCGUGCGCAUGGUUUUAGCCAUCAGCAUGCAAAGACUUGACACACAGUAUGCAGGCCUUGCAGAUAGCUACUACCUCGCAGCCCUACUCCAUCUUGAAGCAGCUGUACGGCUCAUGAACUUAAAGACCUUGCAAUGUUUCGCACUCAUUGCUCAAUACUCGCUCCUUACCCCGACACGUACUGCAGCAUAUUUCAUCGUUGGUCUGGCCAUGAGACUUUGCCAGAAACUCGGACUCAGUGAGGAGGCUACUAUCUCAGUCAGCACGGGCUCACCAGCUGAUGCCCUUGAGACUGACAUGCGGAGACGACUCUUCUGGAUUAUCACAUCGAUGGAGUUCGGUCUCGCACAUACCUUGGGUCGCCCAAGCUCCCUCGCUAUUCGCUACGAUCACAUGGAUGUGAAAUUUUUUUCGGAGCUUGACGAUGAGUGCGUCACCCCUGGCGGAAUGGUUCCUGGAAAGCCUUGCUGGAAGAAGAUGAUUGCCAUUCACUUUUUCCGAAUGAGACUAUUGCAGGCUGAAAUUAGGGAGAAGCUAUACCAACGAAAGCGACCAGAGCCGACAGACGACGGCCAUCCGUGGUUCAGAGAAAUGCAAAACAAGCUCGAAAACUGGCGCUCGGCCAACCCUACUCAGGACGAAGGGAGCGGAUUCGGCAACGACUUCUUUACAGGCCGAUAUAACACCAUGAUAGUUUUCAUGUUCCGGCCCUCGCCCCAGAUACCAAACCCGUCUCCGCAAGCUGCCAUCCGUUGCUACGACGCAUGUGCAUACAACAUCCCGAUGCACAAGAAACAAAUCGAACACCGCGUGGCAGACAUUAGCUGGGUAUUUACUCAAACAAUUUUCAUGGCUCUUAGCACCAUGCUCUGGACCAUUUCGUAUGAAGAAGUCCGCGCUCUUCAUCCUUCAAACGAAGUCCUUGCACACUGCGAGACAGCUAUCGAGGUUAUCUUCCUGUGCUCGAAGCGGUGGCCGGGCGCUGCAUCCGCUUUGGGGCUCUAUGAGAACCUGGUAGAUGCCUGUCUCAAAGUAUACCAGUCAUCCAGCGGUGUUUCACCGUCGAUGGAUUACGGAUCAGCAAAACCGUCACCAGCAUCCACACAGGACAUGUCUGACAGCUCACCAAGAGCGAGUCCAUCUAGCACAACUACGGCAUCCACAUUUCCUACCACAGCAACAUCUUACGGCGCUCUAUCGCCCGCCCAAACCUCACCAUUUGGCUACCUUCUCCCCAUCCCACAACAUUCUCCCGUCCUCAAAGAGAUCCCAGAAGACAGGGUUCCGCCCUCACACCCGCCCUCUAUCAGUGCCCCACCUCCCAAUCCGCAAAUCCAUGGACACAUGCCGGGACAGUAUCCAUAUUAUGGAAACGGCUUUGGACCUCCUGGGAACCCAUUCAAUCCCGCUUCACCAUUCAACGCUCUCCCUGUUACUGACGCCAAUAUACCUUGGAAUCCUGCUUUUGCAACGAUAUCCGCCAAUGGUGCCAACCAUAACAACCUCGCCCCCGGCGCCAACCUCUACGCUGACCCAAGCCUCCUUCUCGGGCCGAUGAUACAUCCCCAGUACCUUGGAACUCCCUGGGGCGGCCAAUUCUACACUCAGCGUCACGACAGCCUCAGUCAAGAGCAACAAACGGAGCUCAUGCACCACCUGGAGACGGACCAAGUUCCUGAUUUUACAAACUUUGUCGAACGAGCCGCCCAGCUUUACAGAGCCAAGUCAGCACACUAGUACACAGUCAGAAAGUGGGCGCCCUUUCAUGGCCGUCUGUAUCAGUGAUAGUGUGGCUCACAAGCUCCGAAUUCUCUUGCGAAGAUUAUCAGGCCCACUUUCGUCCCUGCGGAACAGCGCCUUAGCAAUCUCACAGAUGAGGAGAUGGGUUUUAAGAUCCCU